AUUCAUAAAAAAACAGAGAACUAAUCUUUUCUCCUCUACACUUUGAAUGACAUAAAUUUUCAGUUGGUUUACUUUCAUGGCCGGAGACUCGGCGGAAGUGAAGAGCUCUAAGCCAGCUCCUAGUUAACCCUGUCUUUCUAAUCCUCCAAAGAGCUAGCUGUACUAUCCUCCAAAUCACACAUGGAAAAUCAACUAUAAAAACAUCUCCUUUGGCUCUUUUUUCAAGCCAUCUGCUAUCACUCAAUCUACAAAACUCCAUAAUUUUCACUUCCUCUUUAUUGACUGCCCAAAAUUUUAUUUGCUUAAAAGAUUCAUCUUCUGUUACCCAUCAAAGGGUAGGGAGAUGGAAGUGGAAACUGCUGGGUUGGGAUCUCAGACUGAUGAAAAAUUUGCUCUUCCUGUUGACUCAGAGCACAAGGCAACUGAAUUCUUGUUAUUUUCCAUUGCAGCUCCCCACAUGCGAGCAUUUCAUCUGUCUUGGAUCUCUUUCUUCUCUUGUUUCGUCUCCACUUUUGCUGCUCCACCUCUUCUUCCCAUAAUUCGUGACAAUCUCAAUCUCUCAGCCUCAGACAUUGGCAAUGCAGGCAUUGCCUCCGUCUCCGGUGCAGUCUUUGCCAGAGUUGCCAUGGGGACUGCUUGUGAUCUUUUUGGCCCCCGUAUUGCCUCCGCUUCGCUGACACUUCUCACAGCACCAGCCGUCUACUUCACUUCCAUUAUCUCAUCACCUGUUUCUUUUCUCCUGGUACGUUUCUUCACAGGCUUCUCUCUUGCCACUUUUGUCUCAACUCAAUUCUGGAUGAGCUCCAUGUUUUCAGCCCCAGUAGUUGGCACAGCUAACGGCGUUGCAGGUGGCUGGGGCAACCUUGGUGGUGGGGCAACACAGCUGAUUAUGCCGCUUGUGUUUGGCUUAAUCCGAGACAUCGGAGCAGUGAAAUUUACAGCUUGGAGAAUUGCAUUUUUUGUUCCUGCCCUGUUUCAAAUGUUAUCAGCAUUUGCAGUAUUGGUCUUUGGGCAGGAUCUGCCAGAUGGGAACUUCAGGAGGCUGCAGAAAUCAGGAGAUAAAGCCAAAGAUAAAUUCUCUAAAAUCUUCUAUUGUGGAGUUACAAAUUACAGAGGGUGGAUUCUGGCAUUAACUUACGGGUACUGUUUUGGGGUGGAGCUGACAAUUGACAAUAUAAUAGCAGAAUAUUUUUACGACAGAUUUGAUCUGAAACUUCACACAGCAGGGAUUAUUGCAGCAAGUUUUGGAUUAGCAAAUCUUGUUUCUAGACCAGCUGGAGGACUGAUUUCAGAUGUAGUGGCAAAGAGAUUUGGCAUGAGAGGCAGGCUGUGGGCUUUGUGGAUAAUGCAGACAAUAGGAGGUGUACUCUGCAUCAUUCUUGGACGAGUGGGUUCCUUGACUGCGUCCAUCAUAGUGAUGAUUGCUUUCUCCUUCUUCUGCCAAGCAGCAUGUGGGCUAACCUUUGGGGUGGUUCCUUUUGUCUCAAGAAGGUCAUUAGGGCUAAUAUCUGGCAUGACAGGAGGUGGUGGAAAUGUGGGUGCAGUCCUCACUCAACUAAUUUUCUUCAAAGGAUCCAAAUACUCCAAAGAAAAGGGGUUAACACUAAUGGGUAUUAUGAUUAUAUGCUGCACUCUUCCACUAUGUUUAAUAUACUUCCCACAAUGGGGUGGAAUGUUUUGUGGACCAUCGUCUAAGAAUAUUGCUACAGAAGAAGACUAUUACAUGUCUGAGUGGAAUUCAAAGGAGAAGGAGCAAGGAUUACAUCAGGCAAGCUUAAAAUUUGCUGAUAACAGCAGACGUGAAAGAGGCAGAAGAGCUUAGUUUCAAACCAUGCAACCAAAUGGAACCCCAUCUACAAAUGUCUAGUCUAUAAUCUCUCGUUGCUCAAAUCAUCUUACCAUAAGCUUCGGCAAUAAAUGGGGGAUAUUCAAGCUUCAGAUUGCAAAUUGUCAAAGCAUUUGAUACCUAGCCUGAAUUAUCUUUGAUUUUAGGCACUGUAAGAUAUAAAUAUUAGCCAAUGAGCAUGUGAAUAUAAAGCAAGUUAUAGUAUCAUGCAUAAUGCUGAUCUUCAAAUACACCAACAGUACUAUGAAUAGUACUAAGACAUGUGAACGUGAAUUUCAUAUAAUUUUUU